AUAUAGCAAGACUAGCAAGUCUACAGUUCAGCUGCUAUAGCUUUGUGAGCUAGAGAAAAAAAAAAUUCUUGCUGGAGCCCAGUGGGAUGGAUGUCAUAGAGGACAAUAUGUCACUGCAGGAAAUGCUCGAGAAAAUAGCUGAGCUGGACUACAGUCAGAGUCACCUGAGAGACCUGAAUGCUGAGAUGAGGACCUGGCUGGAUGUUGCAGAUGAUGACAUGGCGUUGCUGCGCUCAGAGAAUGCCAUGCUCAGAAAACAAGUGAAAGACCUGGAGAUGUUCAUCAACAAAGCACAACAGGUUGAAGCAGAGCCUUGCUGGUCCGCCCAAGCGAAUGACCACAGCGUAAAAAGAUGCAGCGAAAAAAAGAUUCAGAUGCUGGAGACAGAAUCCAUCAAGUUGAAGGAACAAAAUAAGAAACUAAAUGCAGAGCUCACAAGCCUCCAGCAAGAGAGAGACCAGGACAAGAUCAGCUUGAGCAAUUUCAAGGUUUCACUUCAUGACUUUGAGUUUGGGAUGGAAGAGGUUCAGUACGAGCUGCAGCAUAAAGAUGAGGUGAUUCAUCAGAAAAACCUGCAGUUACAGCAUUUCGAGGAAACUGUAGAAGAGUUUUCUGACGUCAUCAAGGACCUCAGGCUGACAAACCAGGAGCUGAAGAAGCAGUUAGAGGACAAACUCGCUGAGGCUUCAUUUGCUGCUGUGAAUGACCUGAUGAGAGAGAAGGAAGGAUCGUUCUGCCCCCCUCUGUCCUUUGCAGAGGAAAUUAAGCUACUGGCCUCUGCAGCUGAAAACAGCUUCACACACGUCACAGAUCUGAGACACGAGGAAACUGAGGCUGAAGAGCUGCUGGAACCUCAAAGUCUCACAGUUGUUCUUCAGACCAAAAGUUGUGCAGAUAAAUCGGAGCUAGCUUCCCAGAGACCUUGGCUCUUUGUGCUGUGCAUCUUCAUUCUCGCUGUCUUGACCUUCAUGGCUUCAGGAAACUGUGGAAGAAACUCUGACUUGUUUUCCUUCGACACUUGGUGGAACAAUGCUCGCUUGAUGUUCCGGCCCUACUGCAGCGUCCACUACGGAGCCUUACCUCCCAUCUAACCUUAACACCCCCCUUUAAACAUGUUCACUCCAUUCAUCUGCAAUAUUAUUUGAGACAUUUGUAGUUGUCUUUGUUGUGUACACAGAAGUUAUUAUUUUAUUACAGAUAAUUUUACACAGGACCAAGUGUAACCUGUGACAGUGUAAUGAAUUUUGCCAGCUGUGUUCUGUCUGUCUCUCUGACAUUUAAACAAUAAGAGAUUCUUUGAAAUACUUUAGAUGAAAUUAAAAUAAAAAAUGUUCACAGGU